AUGGUGAUUGCAAUUGUUCAAUCAUACAUGUCUCAAUGGCUGAAUUUGGUUGGUUUAGAUGAAGCUAGUUUCAAGAUUUUAUUCUGUACUAUUCUCUCCUUCCCAUUCAGUGUGAUAUUCAAACGGUUACCUGACCGAGAUUAUACUCUCAAGAAUCUUUAUGUGAUUGGAGUUUCGUCCAUAUAUGUGUUUGGUAUUCUUAAUUUAGGAUCGGGCUUGAUAACGUUACUUGUUUCGUCCUUAGGUUCAUAUUUUAUUACUAGAUAUUUAAGGACUAAUGCGAUGCCAUGGGUUAAUUUCUUAUUUUUAAUGACCCAUUUGGCGUAUAGCCAUGUUAAGACUCAAUUUUUCGUUGAAUAUGAUCCAACUAUAAUUGAUAUUACUGGGGCUCAAAUGGUGCUCGUUAUGAAGUUGACAGCUUUUGGUUGGAACGUUUUUGAUUCAAAACAACCAAAAGAGUAUUUAACCCCAUAUACCCGUUCAAGAGUGAUUAAAAAGCAUCCAAAUAUCUUACCAUACCUUGGAUAUGUUUUUUUCUUUGCGUCUGUUCUUACUGGACCAGCAUUCGACUAUAUUGAUUACGAUAAAUUUAUCCAUUCAACAUUAUUCGAUGAUGUUCCUGAUGACAAGAGACCAGGUAAAAGAAAGAGAAGAAUUCCUCGUAGUGGUAAGCCUGCUUUACAAAAAGUUCUUCACGGUGCUUUUUGGGCUAGUAUAUUUUUCCAAGCUUCUAAGUACGUUAAUUUGAAAUAUGUUUUGAGCGGUGACUUUUAUGAAGAACAUAAUUUCAUCUAUAGAAUUUUUUACUUAUGGGUAUUGAGUUUAUCUCAUCGUUUGAAGUACUAUACCAUCUGGUUAAUUGCUGAAGGUGCUUGUAUUUUAUGUGGUAUUGGUUAUAAUGGAUAUGAUCAAGAAACUGACUCAUUUAAAUGGAAUAGAGUUCAAAAUAUUGAUACAUAUGCAUUUGAAACUGGUCAAAACGUUCACACUUGUUUAGAAGCAUGGAAUAUGAAUACUAACAAAUGGUUGAAGAAUUACGUUUAUACAAGAAUUGCUAGAAGGGGUAAGAAACCCGGUUUUAAAAGUACUCUUUUCACUUUUGCAACAAGUGCUUUCUGGCAUGGUACAAGACCUGGAUAUUAUUUAACUUUCGUCAUGGGUGCUUUUGCUCAAACCUUGGGCAAAAUUUAUCGUCGUAAUUUACGUCCAAUGUUCUUAGAGGCUGAUGGUAAAACUCCAAAACCUUCAAAGAAAAUUUAUGAUUUCAUUACUUAUUUUGUCACUCAAUUAUCUUUUGGUUUCAUUACUCAACCAUUUGUUAUCCUUGAUUUUAGGAAAUCCUUGUAUUGUUGGUCAACUGUUUACUUUUACGUUCCAAUUGGUACAGCAAUCACUUUAUUCCUUUUCAAAGGUCCAUAUAGUAAAAAAGUUAUUGCCUGGUGUCAAUCCCAUAAUGACGCUUAUCUUCUUGCCCAAGAACAAAAUAGAGCUCCGCCCAAGAACAAAUUAUCCAAGGUCGAAACUGAUAAAGUUAAAGCCGUUGUUUCCAAUAUUGUCAUGAAAGAUGAAUCCGAACAAGAAAUACCGACAUUAGGUUUGCCACCUAUCGACGUUUUGGAAACCGCUACCAAAGAAGAACUCGACCAAGAUAUGAAAGAAUUGAGCGAAGCAUGGACUUCAUUCAGGGGCCGCAGAGGAUCAAUCAAAGACGACGACUUCGAAGGUUUGAGAGAUGCUUACAAUAACUUUACUAAUGAAAUCAACGAAAUCUUUGCUCAUACAAAAACACCAAUUAAGGUCUCAAAGAAAGACUAA